AAAACCGAACCCGUGGAACUGUACUGGUACAACAGUAUAUACAAUCUCGAGACAAAGAUAUUGGACAUCGGUUCCAUUAUUUCUGGCCAAUCAAAUCGCAGCCCUGAAACAAGACAACGUUUGUAGAAUUUUAAAGCCAUCAGUUUGUUGUCGUGACUGAAAUAACAAACCCAUUUGAAAGCACUCACUUCUAUUUCUUUUUUAUUUGAAUAUGUUUCGCCUUGAAAUUGUCUACAAGUUAUUUCACUUUAUGCGUUUGCCAAAGGAAGAAAUAGACGUAUUUUCUAAACCAACAUUAUUCACUCGAGUCUUCGCUCUUUCUAUAAGAAAUAUGAGUUCUACAAAUCAACAACCAAAGCAUAAAAUUCUUAUCGUAGGUGGAGGCACAGGUGGUUGUUCAAUAGCCAAUCGUUUAUGUAAACAUUUCGAAAAGAAUGAAGUUGCUGUCAUUGAGCCGUCUGCAACUCAUUAUUACCAACCUUUAUGGACACUUGUUGGUGCUGGUAUUAAACCGUUAAAAGAAUCAGCUCAACCUCUAGAAAAAGUUUUAACAUCAAAAGCCAUAUUGUAUAAGGAUAAGAUUACACAUAUUGAACCAAAAGAAUCCUAUGUUGUACUAUCAAAUGGAGAUAAAAUAUCAUAUGAAUAUUUAAUCUUGGCACUUGGAAUAACUUUACGUUAUGAUAAGGUUAUUGGAGCUGAAGAAGCAUUGAAAAAUGAUCCGCGUGUUUGUUCAAACUAUUCUACAGAUUAUGUAGAAAAAACUUAUAAAGCUUAUCAAAAUUUCAAUGGUGGUAAUGCUGUGUUCACAUUACCAGCUGGACCAAUUAAAUGCGCUGGUGCACCACAAAAGGUUAUGUACCUAUUUGAAGAUUACAUGAAAAGGUCUGGUAAAAAGAUUUUGGCAAAUAUUCAUUAUUUUACUGCUACUAAUAAAAUGUUCUCAGUUGAUAAAUAUUCAGAAAAUUUAACAGAAAUCUGUAAAAAACGAAAUAUCAAUUGUAAUUUAUCAUAUAAUUUAGUUGAAGUAGAUUCACAAGCUAGUGAAGCAGUAUUUCAACACAUGGAAACUAAAGAACUUAAACGAAUCAAAUAUGACUUUUUACAUAUCACUCCACCAAUGUGUUGUCCGGAAAUUUUAACUAAAACACCAAAAUUAACUAAUCCAAAAGCAUCUGAUUAUGUAGAUGUCAAUGUGAAAACAUUACGACAUAAUCAUUAUGAUAAUAUAUUUGCCCUUGGCGAUUGUGCUGCAUUGCCCACAUCGAAAACUGCUGCAGCUGUAGCUGGUCAGGUGGGAACAUUAGAAAAGAAUAUCUGUGAUAUUAUUAAUGGUGGUCAAGGAAAUGUUUCUGAAUACGACGGAUAUACAGCUUGUCCUAUAGUUACAGGUUAUAAUCGUGGUAUUAUAGCGGAAUUUGAUUAUAGAGCUAAACCAUUAGAAACAUUGCCUAUUGAUCAAGGGAAAGAACGUUAUUUAUUCUAUUUUACAAAAACAUACCUUCUACCACCACUUUAUUGGGAUGGACUUUUAAGAGGAAUAUGGUCUGGUCCAAAAACUAUCCGAAAUCUGCUACACUUACAUCGACCUUCAUAUUCAGAUGCAAAAGAAUGAUCGUUUAAAUACCUUGAAGAAAAAUAAUUUUCUGACAUUUCCCAUGUAUUCUUUCUCUUAUCAUGAGCGUGUGUGUGUGUGUGUGUGCGUGUGGAUGUGUAUGUAUGUGCCUAUUAUUAUGUAAUUGAUUAUUUCCUAAACAUUUACACAUUGUGUUCUAGUUCCAUUGACUUUUUCUCUCUAGUUUCAUGUUUGCGUAACAAAAUAAUAACACAUUUUCAUUUUGUUCAUUGAUUUGAUUGUUAUAGGUAAGUGUGCAUUUUCCUCGUCAACGAAUAUCAUAAUAACGUCCAUUCCCAGAUGUCAAUGCCUAUCCCUUUAUACCUUUUAAUGGUCGUCUACUGAAUUACGUAAUCAUAUUCAACUAAAUGAAUAUUAUAUAUGUUAUGCACAUUGUAAUGGUUUCUACACUGAUAAUGUUGAUAUACUUAGUUAAGUUUGAUGAAUGUUUAUUGUGUGAACAUCAUUAGUUAGAGCUGGAGGUAUGCAUCCGGUUGAUGAGAUUCCUUGUAGGAUGCAUAUACCCGUCUUGGAUUUAACUGUUAUUUACUAUCUAGUAGUACAAUGUUACAAAUAAUAAUUGAAGAAUUUUACCAUUACCAAUAUUAUCAUAAAUUUUAUUUGAAUAUCGAUUUGAGCAAUAGUUUAUCAGCUUACUAA